AUGGAAACGAACAAAAAACGACGCAAAAACGACCAUUUUCGUCAUAACAAAAAGGUAAAGCAAAAAUGGGUGGAAUCAGGCUGCUGUGGAUUAUUCUUUACGUGUAAUGGGAAUGAAAGGCAAGCGGUACGUGAGGCUUACAACAUCAUCGAACAAACUUUAGAAAUAUGGAAGAACGGUUUUCCAGAAGAAAAUUUAGAUGAUAAAAAUGUUGGAAAAGGGUUUAAUUCGUGUGGUGAUGAGGAAGAUGUCGCAGAUUCGGUGAAGCGGUUUUGUGAUCAAGCACGAAGCAAUAACAGGAACGUGAAACAGCGGAAAAUAUCGCAACGACCAACGGGUGCGAACAACUGCUUAUUUUUUGUUGUGAAAGGUAUAAAUGACAAAAAUGUAUAUGAUUUUGUGGAUUACCUUGUUGAGAUGGUGCUGAGAGAGCGGUGUUGUCGUCUGCUGCAACGGGUGUGCCCGGUGGAAAGGACUUGCCGAGUGGAUAUGAUCGAGUUGGAUACGGAAGUGAGUCGACUGAUCUCGAAGCAUUUUCGUAAAGCUGAAGACGGUAAAUGGCCAACAUAUUUGUUCGAUUUUAAGGCUCGAAAUAAUGAUAGUUUGGGGAAGGGUGAUGUCAUGGAUAUGGUACUGCUGGCCCUGAAGCAAUUGGCACCGGGCAGUCAUGUUUCGCUGGAUAACCCACAUAUUGUCAUAUUAGUACAAAUUGUGCACAAAUCCGUAAUGCUCUCAUGUGUCAAGCACUUUCUGGCACGAAGAAAGCUCAGCUUACAUCACAAGGAAUAA